GAACAAGUUUGACGCCCGCCGGAAUUAGACGGAAAUGCCCGUAAAGUUACGAUUGCUAACGAACUGGUCCGAACGAGAUUUUAUACACACGUGCGUAAACAAACAAAACAAAAUGGAAAACAUGCGACCAGGAGGUCCUAACAUAUUGAUAACUGGUACACCUGGUACUGGCAAGUCUACCAUAGCAUGUGAGCUUGCUCAGAGAACUGGACUAAAGUAUGUGAAUGUAGGAGACCUUGCUAAAGAGGAACAGUUGUAUGAUGGAUAUGAUGAUGUGUACCAGUGUCCUAUCCUAGAUGAAGAUCAGGUGAUAGAUGAGCUGGAUGAUAAGAUGAGAGAGGGUGGUAAUAUCAUAGACUAUCAUGGCUGUGAUUUCUUCCCUGAACGAUGGUUUGAUAUCGUGUUUGUUCUCCGUACAGAUAACACUGUCUUAUACAACAGACUCGAACAUAGGGGAUACUCCGGAAAAAAAUUGGAGGACAACAUUCAGUGUGAAAUUUUCCAAACAAUUCUAGAUGAGGCCAGAAAUUCUUACAAGGCAGAAAUUGUGCACGAGUUGCCAAGUAAUACACCAGAAGAGCUGGAGGAGAAUCUAGACAAGAUUAUUGCUUGGUUAAAACAGUGGAAUUCUUCCCAAUAGCCCAGGCAUAUUUCUGUAUCAUUGUGUUAGUUAUUUUCAGUUAACUUACCAUAUGCGAUUUUAUGCCAUAUUUAAUUAUUGGUAGAGAAACGAGCACUAAGAUUUUAUCAGAAAGGUGAAUAGCAAAGUGUGUUUGAAGUUAGCGAAGGUAUUUGCUACCAAGGAAUGGUAGAGAAAACAUAUAUGCUUUCAGUACAUGGAAAAUGGGGGAUAAACUUGAUCAUGUCAAGUACCAUAUACUUGACCUGUACCAGUAAUAGUCAGUCAUGGUGUUGGUGUUGUUACUAGGGUAUAACUAUUUGGAGAGUUAUCAUCAGCAAAUGAUUAUAUAUCGAGAAAUUUCUAUUUUAGAGCUAGGGAAAUUUUUGACAUGUAUACUCAAUAAUCAAAACCAUGUUCUUGUUUUCUGUAACUUAACGACAGAUUACUUGUUUUUAAGGUUAAUAGACACCAAAUUCACAAUUUUGCCUGUAAUCUAUAUUCUGUAUAAGUAUUGGCAAUCUACUGAUACUGAUAUAUAUAUACAU